AUGCGGGACUCGAAUUAUAAGUCUGUUUCAAGCAACAAGGCUGCUGUGACAAUUACCACGAGCCUUUAUGAUAGAAGAGCCUUGGAUGUGACAUCCGACAAGCCCUUAGUAAAUUCGUUAAACCAUUUGACGUAUCUCGUAUCAUCGCUGGCAAAAGUGAGGGAAACUUUGUCGAUGGAUGGCGGCAUUGAGCGUCUAAUAGAAAUUUUACACGAAUGUCAUAAUACUACUUUCAAUCUCAACGAUACUAUCUUCAAUAGUGAAAAAAAAUUAUUGACAGCGUGGAAAUGGACUUUGACCUUCCAGUGCUUAGUUCUUGUAGGAACUAGAGGUACUGAGAAAAUAAGACAAAAAGUAGUAAAGGCUGGUAUUUUGCCUAUCAUUGCAACUGUAUUGGACAACUAUUUGUCCCUUCAUGAGAGAACCUUUAUUCAUGCGAAUUCACGACCCAUGCAUCAUCACCAUACACUGUUACAACAACAAUGUCAACAUUUCCAACAGCAGCUGCAGCAGCGGCAAAAUCAAGCUGAUCAACGCCAAGAUCGCCGGCAACAACAAAAUGAACUGCUGCUGCUGCAGCUAUCGCAGGGAAUCUCUUCGCAAGAAGCUCAACAGCAGCAUAACAGUGAGAAUGGAAAUCCUGCUCAUGAAGAUUUCACAAAUAAUAUUAACCUUCAUAAUACUUUCCCGAAUGAUUUGCAUCCAACACAUGUGGAAUUAAGUGACUUAUCAGUCCCGAUUAAUGCAGCAGCAGCAGCAGCAGUUGAAGAAGCAGCCGCGAUUUCAAACUCAAAUGGAUUCCCAACUUUUUUUAGCAACAGUCACCCCAGUAAUCUAACAAGUGAGGAUUAUGAAAAUUUGAAUGUUGAACAAUUUUUUAAAUUGAUUGGUGUGAACUACAAAACUAAUACCAUAAAUAAUGAUAUAAGAAGAAGAUACUUAAUAGUAAAUAUUAUCAAAAAGUUGAGAGAAGAAAAAGAAACAGACUUACUAGAUGAUAGAUUCCUUAAUGAUAACGAUUAUGAAAUGGAUAAUAAUUUACAAUUUUUGUCCGACUUAUAUUUGCAAGACCACGAUCAUAAUAGAAUUUUGAUGAAUGCAAAGAUUGCGCCUCGGAAUUUUACUGAUACAGGUGUCGUCAUCCCAAGAGAUGAUGACAUUGUUUGGUCUUUACAAUUACUAGCAUAUAUUUCGAAAUAUCCGUACCUCAAAGAUAUAUUACAGAACACACAUUUAGUUAUUGAUAUGAGCAUCAGAGAUAAGCAAUUGAAAAUGUAUUUAGAGAAGCAAAUGAAGUUGAAAAUAAAGAAAAAGAUUUUGACACAGCCUAGAGCUUCCGUGACCUCAAAAGGACAAAGAGAAGCCCAUGUUCAGAGAUUUAGUCCUUCGGCUUCCAAUUCUCCUCAAAUGCUCAAUGAUUUAGGUACUCUCGAUAAUUUCAUUCUAGAAGAAGAUAAAUUGGAAUUAUGUGGUAAGCCUCACUCUACAGGAUUGACAGAAAAUGCCGAGAUAGAAGAUGACAGUGACGAAGUGGAUGAGGAAGGAGAAUGUGGCGGAGUGCUUGAUGAUCUUGAAUCAGAAGAAGUUAAUGACUACAAUGUUUCGUGCAAUCCAGAAGUAGAUGAUAUGGCAUGUCCAUCUAUCGGUUCAAAUUAUUUGAAUAAAUUGUAUGACUCAAUCAUUGAUGCGGAAUCCAUAGUCAAUGACAUGGAGAGAGACAUCAAAUUACUUCAAUUAAAUGAAAGGAUUGAAAAAUACCUUGAUGACGAAUGUAAAAAAUUAAGCAAGGCAAUUAUAAAAACUAGAAAAGAAUCGAAAGAGUUCUUAGAAGAAAAGUGGAAAUAUAGUACCUACAAUAAGUUCGACGUUGAUGGUAUCAAUGACGAGCAAGAUGAUUCUUUGGUUGAAUACAAGAAGGUAAAUCUAUUUCCAAUGGUAGAGAAGUUCACUUUUCUAUCUGGUACGGACAUGUAUUAUUGGUCCGGUGUGAUAAUGAGAAAUUCUUGUAGGAGAAACGAACAUAGGGGUGGGGUGAGACAAUGUGGUAAUCUUGAAUGUGGCAAGUGGGAAAAAUUCCCCAGAGAAUUUCUGAAGUGUCGUAGAUGCAAGAGAACUAAGUAUUGUUCUAGAGAAUGUCAGAUGAAAGCAUGGCACUGUCAUAGAAAUUGGUGUAUUCCGAGCAACUCGAGCAACACUACUACGACCACUGCAAAUCAACAAGUUGAUGCUGUAGAAUCCUCUAAUGCUCCUGAUGACGAUAGUCAGCGAGAUUUGUUCUCAGAGCUGUCAUGA